CCGUUCGCAUCAAGAAAAAUGGUACAUCAAAAGUAAAAUUCAAGCUUCGAUGUUCGAGAUAUUUAUACACCUUCGUUAUCGAAGAUCCAGAGAAGGCCGAAAAACUUCAGAAAUCUCUCCCACCCGGUAAAUCAUAA